AUGGAAAGUAAGACAAAUACUUCCAGUUUUGGGAAGACUUUUGGAAACGAAUCCGCAAAUUCAGUAUCUGAAUUCAACUUUAGCAACACCAAUGACCCUAAGCUACAGAAUGCCAAUCCAAAUAGGUUCAACAACAAAGCCGAUAGUUCUACCGAGCAUAAAACUACGUCAUUUUUAUUUGGAGGUUCAGCUAAACCGGCUUUCAGUUUUGGAGCCAAUGUAUCAGAUAAUAAGAGCAAUGGAAGUGGCGAGGCCAAAGGAGAAAGUGCAUCUUUUAAUUUUGGAAAUACUGCCCCUGCUAUAUCUGACUCUAAAGUCCACCAUCUGAACGGGAAUAAACUAAAAGAAAACAAGAAUAAGAAAACUGGGAAUGCAGAGAAACCCACAAAAACAAGUAGAGAAGGAGAAUUGCCUAGAGGUGAUCAGAAAUCGCCAGAGGGUAAUCAACUUUUAGAGAGUUAUGUGGUUCCACCAAUGAAUGAUUUAACGAAUCAUAACCAGAUGGAAAUAAGCGAUGAGGAAGCAUUUUAUGAUGUGGAUAUAGACGAAAACACGAAUUUGCCUAUAAGGAGAAUUAACUAUAGUGAAUCCAAAUCCCCACUAUUAUCCAAUGAGCAUUUAAAAUUUGCUAUUUCAAGUAGAGAUGAUAAAGGAGUAGUUUAUGUAGCGCCUUCUAAUAAGGAUAUUGAAGAUAAAGAGAAAACUAAACUUUUUCCAUUCGAUCUGUUACCACAAUUAGAUAAAUCAUUUGAAUAUAGGGAUUUUUUGAACAGUACGUACAAGGACUUUGAACAAUUGCUAAAGGAUAAAAAGUACGAACAUUUCUUAAGUGAAGAAGAGGAAGACUUUGUAGGUGUCCCAUCUGUGUUGAAGAAGCAAAUGGAGGAUCGUCAAAUGGUUUUGAAAGAAAUUAUGUCCUCAUUAUUAAUGAACAUGCAAUUAUUAAUUAAAAAUAAAAUAAAAAAAGAUUUUGUUAAUUUGGAAGACCAAUGGGUAUUGAAUUAUGAAGAGAUUAUCAAUGUAUUAUACCUCUUGAAUGCCUUACAUUUUGGAAAUAAGGAUGAAACAACCGUGUUGUUCCAACAGUGGAUUGAGAGAAUCGAUAUACAACCAACUGAAGAAUUAGUCGAAACAGUAUUCAAAGAAUCUGACAAGCCAUAUGAAAACCCUUUGUUCUGGUCUAAUUAUGUCAAGAAAUUACUGAUGAGAGGUUCUUUCUCGAACCUGGUUGAUGAUUUCAAAGUUUCCAUGUAUGAGGAGCUAAAAGACAGCGAUACUGAGUUAUUUGAGAUUAUUGAUGAGUUUGUCAACUUGAUUUCCCUCUAUGAUCCUAUCAAGUUUUCAUAUGAUAUGAAAGCAUUUUUACACUGGAAACAGUUAGCUGUUGCACUUAGAGAAAACUCUGUCAAUGUAGAAACGAACCACGCGAUUAUACAAGCCGAGUUAUUAGAACUUCUGAGUAUUAUCAGUGGGUCUUCGAAGACAAUAAAUGAAUGUUCAGCAAGUUGGUACGAAUGUUUUAUUGGCCACUUUUUAUAUCAAAUGCCAAGUAAACAGCUUAUACCCAAAUAUAUUGACAAUGCUUUGGAUGUUGAAACUUAUCCUAAGCCAAUACCAGGGGUUGAAGCAUGGGAUUCCAUAUGUGUUGAUCUAUUGAAAAAUAAAUUCUUAUCGGUUAUUGCAUCUAUCGAGGCUUUAGACAAAUCAAUAGGCACUUUUGUUGCUAUUCUAAUUGAAGCUGCUGGUUUAUUAAGUACGUAUUCUGAAGAGAUUGGCAAAGACGAUGCCAUCAGUAAGAAACAGACAAAUAAUAGCAUUAGUGCAAGUAUUGAUAGGAUGGUAGAGGAUCUUGCGUUAACAUAUUUAAGCAAUCAAGAGUUGUUUCCUAUUGGUGUUGGGAUUCUUAUCAAUACUGGAAACAGCAAAAGCAGGGAAAUUCUGUCCGAAGUACUACCGACCUAUGAGAUCAAGGAUUCUGAUGAUUUUGAAUGGGUGUUAUCGGUUUGCUCGCAGUUAAAGUUGAGUAAGACCAUGGCUACAAUUCAACAAAUCCAAGGUGAGAAGUUCUUUGAGAAGCAUCUGAUUCCGAAUGCUCUAUCAUGUUUUGCAGCCUCACAUACUUCAGAAAAGGUUGUAUCUACCGUAUGGCGGUUAUUUGAAGAUACCCUGAUAAGAGGUGAGCUAGAUGAGGAGCUUGCUGUUCAAUUAUUUGAAAGUGAUUUUGCCAAGAACAACGGAUUAUUAAGGCAAUGUCUGUCACCAUUAUAUGUACUAAAUGAAAUAAUGAAGCCUGGGGGCUUGCAUAACAGAACAUGGACCAGCAGGUUACUAAGCUUAUUUGAUUUUAGGUAUCUACCUUCUUUCUACAAGGCUGGAUUGGUUGUACUUUUGUUUGAGAAUUUGAACCAGAAUGUCUUUACAUUGGAAAACCUAGCUUUGAUUAUCGAACAAUUCAACCGAUUUGAGAGUCAUAUUAAUGCCGAUUCCGAAGCUAAACUAAAAUGCGAGGCACUUUACAAGCUUAUGGUUGAAAACAGAAGUACACGUGCUUAUCCUCUGACAUUUGCUCAACUGCUCCACACGGUUCGCCGAGGCAUUGCCAUGGAUGUUUCUUUUACGUUUUUGGAUGACACUCAAUAUCAGUAA